AGAUAGUGUGAAUGUAUUAUUCAUGUAAUUUGUGAUUUCUAGUCUUAUUCUACUAUCGAAAUCUUUAUUUUUAUAUUUUUAUACACGUACAACCAAACAGUUCGUGUAUACACAAUUUCAAUCUGCAGAAUAACUCGAAUAUAGCAGGCAUUAAAAAUGAAUGCAAAAAAUUAUACUCAAAAAUUACUCUAGUGUGGUGUUGCCAAUGAAGGUAUUUGUUCAUAUUAAAAUUCAAUAUAACGAAAAUGGUGUAAGAAAUUUUUUUCGUUCAUUGAACAUACAUUGGUUGACGGUGGCUUCAAAAAACUAAAGCAGUAUAAUUUAAUUAAUAAAAUUUGGAUAUUAUUAAAAAAGUGUUAACUGGUCAAAUUUACGAAUGGCUUCUUCACGUCCAAAAAGGCUUGCAGCUCAAAAAGCUAAAACAAUAGUUAUUGAAAUAUCUGAUUCUGAUGAAGAUGUUUUACCAACAAAAAAACAAAGAUAUGAACAAGAUAAUUCAUUUUGUGAACUUGAUUAUGCCCAAAAUAAGCAUGUGAGAUCAAAGAACCGAUGGCCUGAUAAAGAGAAAGAAAAUCUCCAAUCACUUGAAUCUAGCAAAGAAACAGCUAGAAAAAAAGGCGGUAUCACGAAGCAAAAUAAUGAAAUAAAUGGAAAAGAAAUUAAGGAAAUAAACAGCGAUAACAUAUUAAUUAACAACAUUGAUGAUGGAAGUAUAAACCGUAUACCAACUAAUCAUGAACACAAUGAAUUUGCGGGUCAAACUAUAACUCAACAUACGGGUAGAAGUUCUUUUUGGGCUAGACGAAAAGUUUGGAAUGUACAUGAAUUACUAGCUGAAACGGAAUGCAUUGAAUUGAAUGCUGCACAAAAUAUUGUAAAUUUGUUUAACAACGAAAACACUAUACCAUUUAUAUGUCGAUAUAGAAGAGAUUUAGUAAAUGAGAUUAGUCCUGAACGUUUACGUGACAUUAAAAACUCAUACACAGAAAUUUUAAAUUUACGGAAGAAGGCUGAAAAUAUUGUCAAUCAACUCGAAAAAGAUAAUAUAAUUAAUGAAGAAAUACGCAUAGAAAUGAUGUGUGCUAAAUCACCGGAAGAACUAGAGUUCUUGUAUGCACCUUAUAAACCAGCUAAUAAGGGAACACUCGCAGAUAGAGCUAAGGCACUUGGUUUAGAAAAAUGUGCGAAUCAAUUAUUGUUAGGAGAAGGGCCAAAAGUAUAUUUAAGAAACUAUAUUGAUCGUAAUAACAGUAAUUUAGAUGAUGAAAUAAAAGUAGAGGCCGGUAUAAUACAUAUUGUAUCCCAUAUUAUAAGUAAGCAUACUGGCGUUUUAGAGCAACUAAGAAAAUUGCAAAAAUCAACUCAAAUAUUUCUAACAAGUACAAAAUCAAAAACUACUUUAAACAAAAAUACGGAAGCGCCAACAAUUAAAAAGGAUGCAAAAUCUGAUAUAAGUAAAUAUGAAAAUUAUUUCAAUUUUCAGUCUGAUAUAAGACAUAUUAAACCUCAUCAAGUUUUGGCUAUAAAUCGGGGCGAAAAACAAAAAUUUUUAAGUGUUAAAAUAAUAAUUGCUGAAAAUUUUAAAAUAGAAAUAAAACGGUACAUUCAUAGAAUAUUUAUGGAUGAAGGUCUCCAAUAUGAUCUACGUGAUCGGAUUUUUGAAUUGUCAUUUGAAGACUCAUACAACAAAAAAUUACAACUGUUAACAUCGCGACAAAUUCGUGCCGAUUUAAAUGAGACCGCUAAAAAAGCUUCUAUAGAAGUGUUUGCUAAAAAUUUAAAACAACUUCUAUUAUGUGCACCACUAAAAGGCGAAAAGAUAUUGGGUAUAGAUCCUGGAUUUACAAAUGGAUGUAAAUAUGCCAUGAUUUCUGAAACUGCUGAAGUUCUUGAAACUGGUGUUAUGUAUCUGCACACGAGAAAUAAAGAUCCUGCGAUAUAUGCUGAACAGUUAACGAAAUUGUUAACAAAACAUAAUUGCAAAGUUAUUGCAUUAGGUAACGGAACUGCUUGUCGUGAAACAGAGGAGUGGCUUUCAAAAUUAAUUUGCCAUAAUAUAUUAGAUCCAAGAUUUAUACGUUACAGCAUAGUGUCAGAACAAGGUGCUUCUAUUUAUUCUUGUAGUGAAAUUGCCAAGAAAGAGUUUCCAAAAAUGGAUGUUAACCAAAUAAGUGCUGUUUCCAUUGCAAGAAGACUAAAUGAUCCAUUAAGCGAGUACGUAAAAAUUGAACCACGUCAUAUUGGGGUCGGUAUGUACCAACAUGAUAUUAAUGAGAAAGCACUAACAGGCUCCCUCAACGAAGUUGUUAGUGAAUGUGUUAGUUAUGUUGGUGUUGAUAUUAAUACUGCCAGUAUCAGUGUUUUAAAGCAUAUUGCUGGAUUGGGCGAUAAGAAAGCUCAAAAAAUAAUAGAUCAUCGCCUUAAAAACGGACCAUUUAAAACAAGAGAGGACUUGUUACAAGUAAAGCUAAUAGGUGCGAAGACGUUUCAACAGUGUGCUGGAUUUGUACGUAUAGAACCCCUUAGUGUUGGUGGAAAUGUUCAGAAUUUAUUGGACUGCACAUGGGUUCAUCCAGAAAGUUACAAUAUAGCAAAAAAAAUAAUAUCUAUUUGCAAAUUAAAUUUAAAAGAUAUUGGUAAACCGAGUUUUAUAGAAAAAAUCAAAGAUUAUGAAAAAUCCAAUAAUCUCAAAGAAUUGUCAAAUGACUUUAAAAUUCCAAUUGAAAGAUUGGAAAUUGUAUUUGUUGCUUUAAAACGUAACUUGCUACAGGAUUAUCGCCAAGAUUUAAAUAAAGGACCGCUUUUUAAACAAGGAAUUAAAAAUUUUAAAGAUCUAUCGAUUGGGGAUGUGGUAACAGGUGCUGUAACGAAUAUUACUCAUUUUGGAGCAUUUGUUGAUGUUGGUGUAGAACGCAAUGGACUAAUACACAUAAGCAAAAUGCGUAACAUAAAUUUAAAUAUUGGAGAUCGCGUAACAACUUCAAUACAUCAGAUAGAUUUUCAAAAAGGGCGUUUAGGUUUAAGACUAGAAAAAGUAUUAGCAGAUAUUGAUCUGCUAAGUUUACCUGAGUAACUGUAGCUACUUAGCUUCUUUAUUAGAUAUCAGCCCAUUUAGGCUAUGUCGUCAGCCUAGCCAGUUGUAUUUCUUUAUCUGUGCAUUUUAUUACAAGAUUACAAAUGUAUAAUAUUAAUUUUGGAAGUAUUUAUUGAGUUUUUCUGG